AUGAUGGAUUCCCCGAAGAUUGGAAAUGGUUUGCCAGUGAUUGGACAAGGGACUGGUAUAGGGGUCUCUUCACUCCACAUGGUGGGGUAUUUGGGAAAAAAUUAUGAUUUGGCGGAAGGUCCAGAAAAUGGGUACUGCCCAGUUUGUAGAGAGAAGGGAAAGCUGAAAGCAUUAAAGUCAUACCGCAUUAGUUUUCAAGAAUCUAUCUUUCUGUGUGAGGACCUACAGUGCAUCUACCCUUUGGGCUCUAAAUCACUUACUAAUGUAAUUUCUCCUGAUUUGGAUGAUUGCCACACUCCAAAUAAGCCUCACAAAAGGAAAGUCUUCGCGACCAGCUGUGAAGACUCUUCCCUUUUUGCAAAUCCCAAGAAGACUAGAACUCAUGGUGUUGUUGAUGGCGAGCAGACUCUGACUAGCAAGCACCAUGGAGAAGCCUCAUCAAACUUACCUGACUUACCCCAAAGCAGUGGGCAGAAUCCUGUGCCUUCAUCCGCUCCCUCAGAGCACAAGGAGGCUGUGGAAGCUGACGUUGUUAACUUUGCUGUGGAGGACGAUCCUCCUGUUGUCCAUGUCUCCAGAACCAGGGGGACGUCCCCUCAGCAUGAGGGUGGCACCUCUAAACUGGAAAUGCCACCGGAGGCCCACAGAGCACCCUGUGUCCAGUGGAGAAAUGCUCAUGCGCUUUGUUGGCUUGACUGUAUCCUGUCGACACUGGUGCACCUGGAAGGGUUAGAACAUGCGCUGACUGGACUGUGCUCCACCGGAGAGUCUCUGUUCCACCGACUGUUCACAAAGUAUCAGGAAGCAAAUCGGCUUCUGGCUACCAGGUCACUGGAUGGCGCUAAAGAUGGGGACCAUAAAAAAUGUACUUCAGAACUGUUUGCAAAGAUAGAUGGCUGUCUGAAUGAGGCCCGGGACGAAAUUUUCACUCGGCUUCAACCCCAGCUUCGAUGCACAUUAGGUGACAUGGAAAGCCCUGUGUUUGCAUUUCCCUUGCUCUUAAAGCUCGAGCCUCGCAUCGAAAAGCUCUUCACGUAUUCUUUUUCUUGGGAUUUCAAAUGCUCACAGUGUGGACACAAGUAUCAAAACAGGUGUAUGAAGACCCUCGUCACCUUUACACAUGUCAUCCCUGAGUGGCACCCACUUAACGCUGCCCAUCUUGGCCCGUGUAACAAUUGCAGCAACCAGUCACAAAUACGAAAAAUGGCAUUGGAAAAAGUGUCCCCCAUCUUCAUGGUGCACUUCGUGGAAGGCCUACCUCAUCAGGACUUACAGCGGCUUUCGUUUCAUUUUGAAGACUCUCUUUACCAAGUCACUUCAGUAAUUCAGUACCAAGCGAACAAUCAUUUCAUAACCUGGGUCUUAGAUGCUAAUGGAAGUUGGCUUGAAUGUGAUGACCUAAAAGGCUCCUGUUCCGAGAGACGUGAGAGAUUUGAAGUUCCUGCUUCGGAGAUUCAUAUUGUUAUUUGGGAAAGAAAACCGUCCGAAAUGACAGAUAGAGCAGCUGCCAGCCUGCCGCGUCAGAAGACGAAUGACCAGCCUGCUCAGGGCAGUCAGGAGUCGGAGCUGCCACCGGUGUGCCCUGGGGGCGGAGCUGCUGAGGCUGAGACGUCCUCUGAAACUCAGCCCUCAGGUGUGUCCGGCGCCCCGCCUGCUCUGCCACAGUGUGAAGCUGUGGCUAGUGAUCUGCUUGAUGAUGACAUUUUAGCGUUGACCUUGGAAGAAAUGCAGGCGAAUGCUGCAACGUUCCUGUUCGAAAGUGAACCUCUGGGAGAAAAGACAGGAGUUGCUGGACCACGUGCUUUGCCAUCACAAGAAUCAUUCGUGGAUUCUUUAGUAGCAGCUCCAUGUACGGCGAAGAUGACCAGUGACCAAAUUGUGGCUGUCAGUGUUCCACCUCGAGCAAUGACUGCAAACGUGCCAUCUUUGCAGCUGAAUGCAGGAGACACUAUAGUCACAAAGCCUGUGAGUGUCGAUGCUACUGCCAGCCUUGCGCAGGGAGCAAAGGCAGCAGAAACUACGAUGGAUUCUCAGCUAAGCCCAUUCCUCACACCAGAAACUGAGGCGCUAAAGCCAGAACAACACAGUGCAUCUCAGGGCUUGACCAUGAAGAAAAAAGAGCCUGUUACAGAGUCUCCAGCCAUGGCGAAGAGGUCCGCCCAGAAACAACCUGUGAAAGAAAGUCAGAAGAAGCCGUUUGUGGGAAGUUGGGUGAAAGGCCUGUUAAGCAAGGGUGCUUCUUUCAUGCCGCCUUGUGUCUCAGCUCACACACGGAACACGAGAACUGAUUUGCAGCCAGCAGUGAAAGGGGCUAGUAAUUUUGGUGGCUUUAAAACUAAGGGGGUAAACCGGAAGGCCAGCCAGGUUUCCAGGAAAGCACGCCAGCGUGCAAGCCAGCCUCCUCCAAGUAGUCAUUCCCCGCCAAGUAAGCCCUCCUCAGAAUGCACAGCUUCUCACAGGUAUGCUGACGUUCCCAAGGCGAUUGACGAAAGUGUCGCCCCCGGAGCUCAGCUCAACCCCAGCUCUUCUGGAUACCAAAACGGCGGUGCUGUAGCGAACCUGGGAGACUCAGUAGACAGCCAGAUACACCAGCUGCGACUAAAACUUCUUAAAAAACUCAAGGCAAAAAAGAAGAAACUAGCUGCUCUCACGUCGUCCCCGCAGAAUGGAACGCUUCCUAGUGGGAACUUGGAAGAUGGGUCCCACUGUGGAUCUCCCAAUGACUGCGAAUCCAUCGAGCAGUUGUUAAGCGAGCUGCAGUAUCAGAUUGACGUUGCGGACAGCCAGUCCGGAUGCACACCACUUCCCAGCACUUCCCCAUACGGUGGUCAAACCCAGGAGGAGAUUUUAGCAGAACUGCUCUCUCCUGCAACUGUUGUCCCAACAGAGCUUCCAGAGUGUGGGGAACCUGACUUUAGGUAUUUGGAAAUGGGAGAUACCCACAUUCCAGCACCUGUACCCAAUGAACUAAGCACAGUUCCCCAAAGUGCACCCCUGGGGCAGGACCACAAUUACUGCAGUCCCACCAAGAACAACCCAGAUGAUUUUCAGGCAGACUCACUAACAAACGGCUCCUGCGAUCGAACGUUAAACUUGGAGAGUUCCUUGAAGACUGAUAUUUUUGAUGAAUUUUUUUCUACUUCAGCAUUAACUUUAUCAAAUGAUCCAUUAGACUUGCCUCACUUUGAUGAGUAUCUGUUUGAGAGUUGUUGA